AUGUGUGCCGCCUAUGGCGCGUCCACUGCAGACCAGUUCGCGGGAGCAACUUCCGACUCUGGCAAAUACCUCUACGGCUCGAACCAGUGGGGCUGGGACGACAGUGGUGCCCAGUGUAUGACCGUCGGACUGGACGACUCUAACGAUGCUGCUUCCUUCAACGUAACGUGGUCCUGGACGGAGCGCGAUGUCUGGGUUCACUCGUACCCCAAUGUCGGUCUUCAGUCUGUACAGCUGCCUAGCAGACUGGACAACGUCAAGUCCUUCAACGUCAGCGGUGCCUGGGACAUGUACCCUACUGCCGACCCCAAUGCCGCCAACAAGACCGAAGCCCUCAUGGCCAUUGGCGCCAAGGCCGACAUUGCUCUCGACAUGUUCAUUGACGGCAACAACAUCACCUCCAUGAACGCCUCGGCCGCCGCUUUCGAAGUCAUGGUGUGGUCGGCUGUCUGGGGUGGUGUCGCUCCCAUUGGAUACCAGACCUUCAACGCCGAGUCGCCCAAGCACACCGUUGGCGGUGUCGAAUACUCGCUCUACUCGGGCUUCAACCAGCAGUACCAGAAGCAGGCCGUCUUCUCCUGGGUCCCCGCCGAGAACCAGAACGGCAUCGACGCCAACCUCUGGGAGCUUGUUGAAUACCUUGUCAACAACGGUACCCUUACCUCGGACAUGUACAUUGGCCUGAUUCAAUGGGGUACCGAGACCGUCCACGCCACUCAGAACGUCACUUUCGAGAUGCAGAAGGCUCAAAUGGACCUUUCUGUUAUCAAGCAAAAGCCAACCACCACCAAGGGAUCCCCUCCCGCUACCGCUGGUGCCUCCAAGGGCGCUGCAUUCCACGUCGCACCGACUGGAUUUGCUCUCCCCGCGGCUGCCAUGGGUCUCGCGGCUGCUGUCCUCCUCUAA